AUACAAACCCCGUACUCUCCCUCCUUUCCUCCUUUACCCUCAUCUUCUACACGCUCUCUGAAAAACCAUAAUGAAAAAGAAAAAGAAAAUCGAAAAAUUUUCAUUGGCUCUGUCCUCUCACCUUUAUAUUCAAGUUUCGCGGCAACGCCUCCUCUCUAUCCUUCUCUCUCUACAAUACGCACUCUCUCUCUCUUAAAGUCCCUCUCCUUCUCCGAACCACUUUCUCUCUCUAAAAGUCUCUCUCUCUCUCCCUUUCGCGGAUUGUUCAAUUUGGGUUUGCAUAAACCCUACAACGAACACUUGAAGUUUUUCCAUGGCCCCAACAAAAAAAUCCAAAAGUGUAAAGCGGUAUGCAACUGUAAAUGAGGCCUCUCCUGAGAAAUAUGGCGGAGGGUCAAACAAAAAAAAGCAAAAGAAGAGAAAGUUGUCUGAUAAGUUGGGACCGGAGUGGAGCAAGGGAGAGCUUGAGCGUUUUUAUGAUGCCUACCGAAAAUAUGGGAAAGAUUGGAGGAAGGUGGCUGCUGCAGUGCGCAACAGAAGCGUUGAGAUGGUGGAGGCUCUUUACAAUAUGAACCGAGCAUACUUGUCACUGCCAGAGGGUACAGCUUCUGUGGUUGGCCUUAAAGCGAUGAUGACAGAUCACUAUAAUGUUAUGGAAGGCAGUGAUAGUGAACGAGAGAGCAAUGAUGCUUUAGGAUUUUCUCGGAAACCGCAGAAACGUAAGCUUGGGAAAGAUCAGCUCAGUGCCUCGAAAGAUGCUUUCCAGUCGCAUUCAAGUGCUUCACAUGAAGGAUGCCUAUCAUUAUUAAAAAGGAGAAGGCUUGAUGGUGGCCAGCCUCGGGCAGUUGGGAAGAGGACACCUCGCUUCCCAGUUUCAUAUGCAUAUAAGAAAGAUGAUAGGGAUACUUAUGUCUCUCCAAUUAAAAAGGGUCGGAGGUCAGAGGGGGACAAUGAUGAUGAAGUUGCGCAUGUCGCAGCAUUAUUAACUGAGGCUUCGCAAAGAGGAGGCUCUCCCCAAAUUUCUCAAACGCCAUACAGAAGACCCGUGCAUGUAAAAUCUUCUUCUGUUCAGAGCUCAGAAAGAAUGCAUCCACCACGAGGGAAAGCUCGGGCUAAUCUUCGUGAUCCUUCGAUGGACGAAGACUGGUUGGAAGGUAGUAUAGGAAGCAAGGGGGCUGAAACUGGAGAUUAUGCCAGAGAUUCGUUAGAAGGUGUAGGUACAGUAGAAAUUAAUUGGAAGGGUAAGAAGUUCUAUGGAAAGAAAGAGAAAGCUAAAGACAUUGGGAAUCAUCAGUUUGAUGAUGGUGGUGAAGCAUGCAGUGGCACUGAAGAAGGACUUAAUGUCAGUUCGAGGGGGAAAGAUGAUAUUGAAGUUUCAAAUACAAAAGGGGAACGAUUUUCUCCACAAAGUCAAAGGAAGAGAAGCAAGAAACUUUAUUUUGGAGAUGAAAGCUCAUGCUUGGAUGCUCUGCAAACUUUGGCUGAUUUGUCUCUGAUGAUGCCAGAAUCCACAAUGGAAUCUGGAUCAUCUGUCCAGUUGAAAGAGGAAGGAACAAACCUUGAUGUGGAAGAUAAAUUUAGUGUGCCUGAAGCUACAUCUACAAGCCAAUCUAGAAACAAAAAUAAAAUCCCCAGCGCAAAACAUAGAGUACCUUUUGCAAUUUCUGGAGUUGAGGGUACUAAUUCCAAAAAAUCCAAACUUGGGAGGGAGCCGGCAUUUGAUAUUACUGCUGUCUCUGAAUCGGAGCAACAGCUCCAGUCUACCACUAAAACAUGGAAAAGGAAACGGAAGUCCUCAGUAUCAAAGAUAUCAAAUGCUGAUGCCCCUAUUGAUUCUAAUUUAAAUGAACCUUUAAAGACUGAGGCCUUUGGUGAAGAAGAAAAUAAACCAGUGACUAAAGGAAAACGCACCAAUCAAAGCUCUACUCCUUCAAAACAAUGGAAAUCGACCAGAUCCCUGGAAGGAUCUUUGAAUAGCGAUUAUAGGCGAACAGGGACUGAUUUGACAGUGACGACUGCACAAGCUCCCACUUCAAACCAUGUUAAUUUGCCAACAAAACGAAUAAGCAGACGUAAAAUGUAUAUACCCAGAACAUUGCACCCCAAAGAGAAGUCUUCUGAGAAAAAAUUAAAAAAUCAACUUAACAUACGCUCCAGCUCGGCGCAGGACAGAGCACUGUAUUUAAAGGAGAAGACUUCUUGCUGCUUGUCAUCACAUUUAGUACGUAGAUGGUGCACUUUUGAGUGGUUUUAUAGUGCACUUGACUACCCUUGGUUUGCUAAAAGGGAGUUUGAGGAGUACUUGAAUCAUGUUGGACUGGGACACAUACCGAGACUAACUCGUGUUGAAUGGGGUGUCAUUAGAAGUUCCCUUGGAAAACCUCGGAGGUUUUCUGAGCACUUUCUACAUGAAGAAAGGGAGAAACUUAAACAAUAUCGGGAAUCUGUAAGGAAACAUUAUGCUGAACUCCGAACUGGUGAUAGGGAAGGACUCCCAACAGAUUUAGCAAGACCUUUAUCGGUUGGGCAACGAGUGAUUGCUCUACAUCCCAAGACAAGAGAAGUUCAUGAUGGAAGUGUGCUCACAGUUGAUCACGAUAAGUGUAGGGUUCAGUUUGACCGUCCAGAUAUAGGAGUUGAAUUUGUCAUGGAUGUGGAUUGUAUGCCGUUGAACCCAUUGGAUAAUAUGCCAGAAGCUCUUAGAAGACAGAAUUUUGCUUUUGACAAAUUCUCUCUUACAUCUAUGGAGGCCAAUAAGAAUGGGAAUCUAAAUUUUGGAGGCCCGCAUUUGGAGAAAGCAACUAGCCCCGUGAAUACUUCCGUAAAGCAGGGAAAGGGGGAUUCAAACCAUACAACUUCACAACCAAAGGCAGCUUCUGCUGAUAUUGGUAGAGCACAAGCACAACAGACAACAUAUAGUCAACCUGGUAUGGUGGUGGCACAUAAUCAAGCAAGGGACGCAGACAUACGAGCUCUUUCUGAGUUGACUCGUGCUCUUGAUAAGAAGGAGGCAUUGUUGAUGGAGCUUAGGAACACAAAUAAUAACAUCUUGGAAAACCAGAACAGUGGAGAAUGCUCUUUAAAAGAUAGCGAGCCUUUUAAGAAGCAUUACGCCACGGUACUUGUACAGCUAAAGGAAGCCAGUGGCCAGGUUUCUUCAGCUUUGCUUAAUUUGAGGCAACGUAAUACUUAUCCAGCAAAUUCCCUGCCUCCUUGGCUGAAACAGCCAGCCAAUUCCACCGUCUAUGGUGGCCUCCCAAGUUCCUUCGACAGUUCCAUAUCUCAAGAAUCAGGAUCUAGUGUGGCUGAAAUUGUUGAAGUCUCAAGAUCGAAAGCACAUAUGAUGGUAAAUGCUGCUAUUCAGGCAAUGUCAUCAAGGAAGGGAGGGGAAGAUGCUUAUGUAAGGAUAAGAGAGGCUCUAGAUUCCAUUGAUAACCAGCAUCUGCCAUCAGACUCUAGAUUAUCUCUAAACAGGUCUCAAGAGCAAGUGAAUGGUAAUUUGGGCCAUCGCAAUCAGUUGAUUUCCAGUACAUCAGAUCCCAACUUUACCAGCGAUUCACCUGGUCCAAAGCCGAAUACUGAUACUGAAAAAACUGAGGCACAGGUUCUUUCAGACGUUAUCUCAGCUUGUGUAAUGGCUGUGCACAUGAUACAGACAUGCACCGAACGACAAUAUCCUCCGGCUGUUGUUGCCCAAGUUUUAGAUUAUGCUGUCACAAGCCUGCAUCCACGGUGUCCACAGAAUGUUGGAAUUUACAGAGAAAUUCAAAUGUGCAUGGGCAGAAUCAAGACCCAGAUAUUAGCACUGGUACCAACUUGAGUCCGGUGCUUCCAUUCAGUCCCUAGAGUCAUCUCAUCUUGAUUUCUAAAAUUAUUCUAUACCAAACUCAACUGACUGACGAUUACGUGGGUCAGAUUGAGUUGCAUGGCUUUUGCCAAGAAGCCUGUAAAUUAGAAGCAGCAGCUCCGUGUAUAUAGUUGAUAAGGCGUUGUUUAGGGUUUGUUCUCUUUUUUUGGUUCUUUUUUGGUGGUAACCAACUAAUGUCUCCCGCAUUGGCCAAAAGAAAAGACCAAUACAUGUUUCUGCUUGACAGAUUCUCAAUCAUACUGGUGCCUGUAGCUGCAACUCAGCUAUGUUGUGAUCUAUAUUUUCUGAUUUUGAAUAA